UGCAUCAAUAGCUCUGUAUAGGUAUAUGUGUCGUAAUAUUGUUGGAACAGAAAAGCACGUGAAAACAGUCAGAAUGAUGAGCAAUGUCAGAGACAAUUUACAAUGCGCCGACCAUUGGACAAUUAUCACUAGUGGUAGUCAUGGAGAAGGACUUGUAAUGCGAGGCAGUGAUUUAGAUCUCAUGCAUGUUUGUAAAAUUGCCGAGGUUUGUGAAGACACAAAUAUUAAUUUUAAACCAAAUAUAACAUAUUUCACAAUAGAAGAAGAAGACACACAGACAGGUUUUCCCCAGCUAUGUCUUCGGUAUCAUUCAGAUCCAUUUGUCUUCAAAAACUGCGUAGAGGAGAUAAAAGGUCGUUUCUACCUGUCAAAUGUCACAUUUAAACAACAAUUUAUAAAUAAAAUUUAUCCAACUAUUCAUGGCCCAUGUUUAACCGACAAACAAGGUUUCUUUGACUUUGCAUGCUGCCUCCGUUGUAAAUCAUGGGUAACACAAUCGCAGCAGUGGAUUAAACGAUCAAACAACUCUUGGCCAGGUACUGAUGUUAAAGAGUCCAUUAUAAAACACGGUGUUCUAUUUGUUCCAAUAGGUGUAAAAGGGUCUACAAAAGAAGAAUUAGAAUGGCGAAUUUCGUUUUCUGUGGGAGAGAAACUUCUUAUUUAUACGUUUACACAUACACAGUUACAAUGUUAUGCUCUUAUGAAAAUCCUUCUUAAAGAUGUAAUAGAUGCUGACGUAAAUUGUAGAUUUACUAUGUUCAUAUUUCUUGAAAACUUUAAUGUUUUGGGUAUCUGAGGAAUUACCUACAUCAAUAUGGAAACCUGCCAACUUGAUAUUUUGUUUUUUAAGAUGUUUUCAUAGGCUUCUGUAUUGUGUAAAAUUCUCACUUUGUCCUCAUUACUUCAUUCCUGAGAACAAUUUAUUUGAAAACAAGAUAAAUGGACGCGCACGUGACACACUUUUAAAUAAGUUGUAUAUUCUAAAUAGUUAUGGUUGGCAAUGCAUCAUCUUUUCAGACCAAAUCCCGAGUUAUCACAGAUUAUCCAGUUACAUAAACAAAGAACCAAGUUGUUUAAAUGUUAGCAUUCUCAAAAAAUUAUUUACUUUUAUAAAUUAUAAUGCAGAUUGUUUUCUGAACCCUGAUAUAAAACUUGAAAACAGAGUACAUAUGGUGUUACCUAUUUUGAGUUCAAAAAUAAAAUACCUUUACUUGUACUAUAUGUCAAAAUUUUGUAGCAAAAGUAGCCAUUUUCCAGCAUAUACAAUUAGAUUUGGCAAUAAAUCAACUUAUAAACAGUACAAUACAUGUGUAAGUACUCUACUACAAAAUACACGACAUGAUGCUGUAUCUGGAUGGUUGAUGUUAGCCUCUUUUUUCUACGGGACAAAACAGUACCAUUUAGCUCUCGACAUACUCAAAUAUUCCCUAUCUAAAUGUUCACCUGAAAAGCUUAACCUAGCUGCGAAUUGUUCGUCCUUUAAGCGUGAAGUAUUAAAUUUAAACUUAUUCAGGAAUAUGCCAUAUGACCAACUAUCAAAAUUUAUGAUGGUAAAUUUAUUGGAUAUUCCAAUCAACUCUAUUUUAAUACCUACGGAACUGAUGAUUGAGGUAGAGGAAAAUUU